ACCAUCCGACUUAUGACCUGCUCAACAUACGACCACUUGACUUACAACUAUGUUUUGUAUGCAAAUGUUCUGGGAAAUAAACAACUGUUUGUGUUGUACAUAGUGUUUCUCCUAAUCCUUACAGUAUAAAAUACAGUACUAACAGCAUAAAGAGUAAAGUAAAAAAUGAAAUACCAAAAUAAAACUAUAAAAUAAAAUCAUUACAAUAAUGUGAUAUUGAUAUUCAGUAGUAAGGUUCGACUGACGUCCAUUUUGACUUACGACUGGUUAGUUGGAACCGUGCUCGGUUGUAAGUCGGAUGGUAGGUGUAUUAUGCUAGAUACUCAGUAGGUCGGGGUAAGAAAAUCCUGAGGGACAUUGACAGCAAAUUGAGUGUACAUUGUCUGUUCUUACAUUCAAGGAACAAGUGUAGUUUGUUAAUAUGAAAUCAUAUAUUCAUUGGUCAGUACAGUAAAGUUCAGUAAAAUGAACCAUUAUAAGGCGAACAUCGGAUAAAAUGGAAAAAAUAUUGAUAAAGUGCACCAAGUCCUAUUACUGUAAAUAGCAAGUUUAUCUGGCAUAGGCAUUAUCCAGGACGUGCCCUUCAUAGUUCCUCGGCAGCUGGGCCAAUGUCUCGGCCUGCAUCAGUUUGUUACAGUCUGCAAGCGCUCUCACAUACCAUCAUUAUUUAAUCUCCAGCUUUUCCCUGGAUUUUCAUUGUUUUCCAUUGCAGUACCAUAUUCAUUGUUAUUAACAAUUUCCUCUAAAGCAAGUAAUAGUGCCAAGAAUGUGCGUGUGAACUUGACUGUUAAUUAGAAACUUGAAUAAGCUCAUCUUUCCACCAGAAAAGAAAUAGCAAGAGAUUUUCUACAUAGAACAACAAAUCAUAAUGUUAUCGUAGGUUUGAUGUCCCCGGUUCAUGACAAAUAUGGGAAAGAGGGGUUGGUUAGCGCCAGCGAUCGCAUUCAGUUGCUGCGACUAGCUCUCAACUCUUCGUCAUGGGUGCACGUGAGUGAGUGGGAGACUCGGCAAGAUGAUUGGACUCCUACUAGGGAAGUUGUUCAGUACCAUCAGAAUUUGAUUAAGUCCACUUUACGCAAACUGGGCAGCUCCUCCUCCAGUGUCAACCGUCAGGGACGGGUAGGACCUGAGAAUGUUUUCUCAUGGGAAUUAGUGGACUCCCUUGUUAAUGGUAACGUAGAUCCAUCUGUGAAACGGCAGAGGGUGGAUGGUACCCCAUCAUGGCUCACUCACUUGACAGGAUCAACUGAGCCUGUUACAGUCAAGCUAUUGUGUGGUGCUGAUCUCCUAGAAUCCUUUGCUAAACCAGGCCUCUGGAAGGAUGAAGAUAUUGAAGCAUUGGUUGGAAAAUUUGGUCUUGUUGUUAUCACCCGGGAAGGAAGCAAUCCAUAUAAAUUUAUCUACGAGUCGGAUGUUUUGACACGACACCAGAGAAAUAUACAUAUUGUGACUGAAUGGAUCACUAAUGAAGUGAGCUCCACCAAGGUUCGAAGAGCCCUCAGGAGAGGAGAUAGUGUGAAAUAUUUAGUUCAAGAUUCGGUCAUAGAGUAUAUCUACAAAAAUGCCCUCUACAACACACACAACAAUAAGUAUUUCUAUUCCCCAUUUAUGCUAACACCCUCCCCUAACCUCGACACUGAUGUGCUCCUCCCACCUCCCAACUUUACACUUCAUCAAGGGCAUACUCGUUCACGGAGUGCAUUACUUGCCAGUCGUCAACACCCAAUAAGGAAGAGCAGCAUUUUCAGUGAUAUGGAUGAUACAUCCCCAGGGGACUCAGUGGAUGACCCCCCACUUGUUCCAACUCACUCAGUACCAGUAAAGAGCUACCCUGGAGUAGCUAUACCUGUGCUGCAGAGGCCACACAAGGAGAUGAACAACGAGAACCUUGUAUGUCAUCUAUGAAGAACCUGUGGGAGCGUGUAGGAUGCACAAAGCCCCAUGACCCGCACCAAAGAUAUAUGCCAGUUUUGGUGUGACAAUAACUGUAACAAAGGUUGUGAUCUGUGACUUAUAACCUUCCAUCUAGGCUGGACCUGAUGAUGAUGAGGUGGAAACCUCGAAGAUUGGAGACCACUUUUAAUUGUUUGUGGCUUCUCUAAUCAAUGCAUAUUGGCAAUGCUGUGGUCAGCAGUUAGCCCUGUUUAAUGAAGUUAAUUAUAAAUGAUAUCUGGUAUGUAAUACUGACAGGUAAUGGUUGUUCACUUUUGCAGCUUGAUAAAAAUUGGCAGAUGCAUUCCAGUUUCAGGAGAUGGGAAAUUGAGAGAGUUUUUAGAAGCAUUGUGAAGUGUAGGCUGAGAAGAGUAUAAUUACACAAAAAUACCUGGAAGGUAUUUGGCUAUUAGCUUAUUGAGCAUAUUAGGAUUUUUUCUUUUUUUGCUAGAAUUGUGAUGAUAGUGAAAGAUGGUACAUGACUUGGUAGAGGUACAGUUUAUGCGAAUGAGCUUAUGAGAGCUGAAGAAAGUCAUCAUAGGUGCAACUAUGGAUGAUGAAGAUGUAAGGCUGAUAAACAUUCUAUUACAUUAUGUACACUUAUCAGAUCAACCACAUCAUUCACAUGUGUGUAGGUCAGCAUGAAGAAAUUUCUGGAUUCACAAUAGUUUUAAAUGUUAUUAAAAAUUAUAGAUUUGCUUUAGUUGAAAGAUCAGAAUGUAUUACAAGGAGUCUAUAAUUAAUCCUAAGCAUACAGUGAUAAAUUAUUCUGAUUUUAAAAUGUGAAAUUGUUUAAAUAACAAAAUUGCAAAAGCUUCAAAGAUUUAGAAAGAUAUAAUUUUCUGUAUACUACCUGUAUACCAGAACUUAUUUCCUGUUUGCAGUGGGUAAAUUAAAGGACUUAAAUUUAUAUGUGAUUAGUUGAAGCUUAAUACGUAUUUGACUGUAAUAAUAAUUAUUUGGAUUUUUCACUGUUAAAGAUAUAUACAGAGUGAUCAGUGUGGCUAAUAUUAUGUGUGACCUCUAGUCAGUACUGUAGCCAAGUUAAUGUUUUAUGUAACAGCAUUAACUUUAUGAUGAGAUUGAGGACUAACUUUAUGAUGAGAUUGAGGACUUAGCAGUGCUUAAAUUGACCUAAUUGUUAAAAUAGAUACUCUUAGUAACUAGAAACUGAUAAUACUGUAUAUGGCCAAGAAUUUAAAGGGCAUAGCAAAUUUUCCAUGUAUCAUUCAUUAAAUGUUAACUGUGUGUAAUGUAUGAAUAAGUACAGUGUUUAGUCUGCCAUGACUUAGCUAAACUUAUAUGCACACCUGUUGACACAAUUUAUAUAACUCUGCAGCAGCAUACUGCAGUUUAUGCCUCAGUCUUUGCUAUUUAGUCAACUUGAUAGCUCGAGUGAUUCAUUAAUGGUGAUUCACUAUUAAUUAUUUGAUAUCAGUGACUGGCUGACUAAGAUUUAAUAAAACAAUGUAGCGCAAUAUCAGCACCCAAGUGUUUUGGCAUAUUUAUUCACAUUAAAUAGGAAUAAUAUUUGUAUGUCUGCCUUUACAAAUAAACUGACAUAGAGCUUGAGCAGUAUUACCAUUAUAAGGUAACAGGGAAUUGGCAGGAUGAGAUAUAACAAUAAGAAAUCAGGCUACAUUGAGACCAAAAAAAAAAACAAAGUUCAGUAAUUUAGUAGCAGAGGCUAAAUAAAUUGAGAAAUUUGCAAACUGAUGAGACAUAAAGAAGUAAUACUCUGUUGAUGCAAAACUUAUUCUGUCAUUUUCAUAUUAAACUAUAAUCUGUAUUAUGGUAAACAUGACAAAACUACAAAUUAUUUUAAAUAUAAAGUAUAUAGAAUAUGACAUACAAACCAAAUAAAACAUAUAGAUAUGUACUGUAUGUGAAAAAAUAGGAUGUACAAGUUAUGAAAACUUAGUGAGCUUUGAAAGCCAGGAGACACUUGCACAACUACAUAAGAAAUGGAGGACCCUGUCCUGAUAAACAUGAGGGCAUGAGAGACAUGAUUGUGAGUAGUGAAGGAUUUUGGAAUUAAGAGAGAUGGUAGGAGGUUGUGAAGUUAAAUAAAUGUGACACUCGUGGACUGUAUUAACAACUUCGGGACUAAAGAAUACAUGAUUGUAAACUCUACUUUUAGUUUGCAUGAGAUAUGAACUUUGAGACAAAUGGUUUGUGAAUUGUAGAUGUGAAGAACUUGUCAGCAUCUUCAGAAUUAAGUAUUAGUAGACUGAAGAGGACUGAAAGGGCUUAAGUCUCUUUACAUUUAAGUAGUUUGAAGUACAGAUAACACCUAAGUAGUACAGUACUCUGUGUGUGUGUUAUUGGUAAUAAUAUAUUUUCUGUCUCUAUGUGCAUUGUAGAUCCUGAAGUCAGUGUAUGCUAGUGCCAUAAUUACAUUUAAGUGGUUGACAAUAAGAAAUAUUUCACUUGAGAUGUGUUUAUAUGUUCCACAAAUUGUUGAAUCGGUCACUUUGCUAAUUUUUAUUUAUGUGAAGUAAAUUAAAGUAUCCUCUUUCACUCAGUGUUGUGAAUGCAGUAAUUUUUGUUUUAUGACACUUAUACUAUUCUGAGGUUAUCAUAACCCAUUCAGAUUGUAGCUGAAAAAUAUUCAAUAUGAGCAACUCAUUUUAAUUAAACGUAUUGGCGAUACCUUUCCAAAAUAAGUUUGUAAAGUAUAUCAUUUGAUUAACCUGAUGUCUCACUUGACUAUUAUGAAACCAUACUCAAGUAACUUGUCCCACUUGCUCAUCUUGUACCAUUGGAGGAGCUUGGUAUUGCAAUGGCUCUUAUAGUGUCUUUAAUAAUUUGAUGUUUAAAACAUUACAGUGUCUGACAUAAUGAUUUAUAAGUGUCUCUUGAGUGUCUUGGUGACUCACCUAGAUAUCUUAAGUGUCUCAUUUGAGUAAUAUGAGGCUUUAUAUAUUUGUGCCUCAUGUGAGCAACUUUGUGAUAUAUUUAGAUAUCUUCAUGUCUCAUUUGAAUAAUUUCAUAUAAGUCCACAACCCUUUAUCCGAAAUUCUGAAAUUGAAAAGUUCUGAAAACUGAAGGUUUUCAUGGAGUGUGGAGCAUCAGUCAUCUCAGUGCUGGGUCACGCCGCCACGUGGCAGCAUUGAGAAUCAUUCUGAACUUCGAAAAAUUCUGAAAUUUGAAACAAUACUGGCCCCAAGGGUUUCGAAUAAAGAGAUGUGGACCUGUAAUUCACUAAGGUGUCAUAUUGUAUCAUGUGAGUAUUAGGACUACUCACUCUUGCAUCUAAAUGCCUAUUUUGAAUAAGCUGGCAGAUUUCUUAACUCAAAUGUACAAUAUGGUGUUUCAGCAAAUUAAAUUGCCAUAAAUUGUUAGCAAGAUUAAUUUAAAUACUAUUAUGUAGUAUAAUUAGCCAAGUAACUUAGUAACUUAAAGGCUCAGCCUGCUUUCUGCCUAAUUUAUUGACUAAAUGAUGGUGGAAGGUUCCUUAUCAUGAAGACAUUAUUAUUGCUAAAAUUUUAAGACUUAUUAUAUUCAUUCUAUGGUAAAUUAAUUGUGGACAAGGUACAGCAAUGAAUACCUAGGAUCGCAAAAAAAAUAAAUUUGACAGGUAUGCCAGUCAUAAUUACACAGAAAAUUCUCUAAUUGUGUUGGGUUAUAAAUAUUUCACAUUUCAUAUACACUGUAAAUGUACUGUAAUUAUAUUUUCUUUGUGUAAAUUCCUUAGCUCAAUAAAAUUUUGAAGGCAGAUUAUAUCUGUUGCCUGUCAUGUAUAGGAGCAUAGCUCUGUUCUGGUUAUUAUACUCCUGAAAAGCCAUAUCAUAGUUUUGUCUUAUGUUAUGGCCAUUAUAUAAUGUCUGAUGAAUUAGACCAUAGUUCUAAUCUGUGGUCAUUAUGCUAUGUCUAAUGAACUGGUCCAUGGCUUUAUUCUCUGGCCAUUAUGCAGCUUCAUAAGUCCAUAAUCAUAAGUGUCUAACCAUGUUUUGGACACUAUGCUAUCUCUAGUAAGCCAUUUAAGUUAUAAAAAUUUACAAUCUGUACUGCUCAUAGUUUAUUGGAUUGUGUGAUAUUGACUUGAUCUCCUGGUACAUAUAGGCAUUUUUUUUUUAACCAGCCACUAGUAAAAUUAUAUCGAGAUCAUUUCAUGUUGAUGGACUGUUUAUUCUCUUUGCCAAUAUUAUAAACUUAAUAACAGUACUUAUAAACCAAA